AUGUACCUCCGGCCCACAGCACCACCCCCUCCACUUGAACAGCCGGUCAGUACCCCAAGCGGCAUCAUCAGUGCUGACACAGGAACCCACUGCAAAAGCCGCCCCCUAGACCUGGUGUUCAUUAUUGACAGUUCACGUAGUGUGCGCCCCACAGAAUUUGAGAAGGUCAAAAUCUUCCUGGCUGACAUGGUCGACACCCUCGACGUUGGUUCGGAUGCCACGCGGGUGGCCGUCGUGAACUACGCUAACACGGUGAAGAUCGAGUUCCUUCUCAAGACGCACUUCGACAAGGCAGGCCUGAAGGCAGCGCUGGCCCGCAUCAAAUCUCUAGCUGCUGGUACAAUGACUGGCCUGGCUAUCAAGACGGCCAUGGAGGAGACCUUCACUGAGGAGUCAGGCUCCCGGCUAGCUAACAAGAACAUUGCCAAGGUGGCCAUCAUCGUAACCGAUGGACGACCCCAGGAUACGGUGGAGGAGGUGGCCGCGGCAGCGAGGGUGGCAGGCAUUGAGAUCUACGCAGUGGGGGUGGACAGGGCGGACAUGAAGUCCCUGCGUCUCAUGGCCAGUCUGCCCCUGGAUGAACACGUGUUCUACGUGGAGACCUACAGCGUCAUUGAGAAGCUCACGUCCAAGUUCAGGGAAACCCUGUGUGGUGUGGAGAUGUACACAGUCGGUGAGGUUAAAACAGAGGACAUAGAGCUCCAGGAGAUAGCCUCUGUGCCCCACAGCCAGCAUUACUUUCACUUGGCCAACUUUAGCACCAUCGACUCCAUAGCUCACACCUUAAAGAGCAAGUUGUGCCAAAGUAAGGAAGAAGGAAAUGGAUGA